AUGGCGGGCUCUUACAGUCUCAGAAAUUCCAGCUCUCUUCCUUCUAAUAAUUUACAAAUCACCCAGACCAAAGGUCCUGCGGCUGGAAAGACUCAGGCAGUUUCUCUUGCAGGUCAGACUGCUCCCAGUACCAUAAACGGAGACGACGCCUUUGCAAGGAGACCUAGGGUUGGUGCUCAAAUACCAGAGAAGAUACAAAAGCCCUUCAAUGAUAUUGCCCAAUACUUCUCUAAGAAAGAAUGGGAAAAGAUGAAAUACUCGGAGAAAAUCAUCUGUGUGUACAUGAAGAGAAAGUAUGAGGCCAUGACUAAACUAGGUUUCAAGGUAACCCUCCCACCUUUCAUGCGUAAUAAAUGGGCCACAGACUUCCAGGGGAAUGAUUCUGAUAAUGACUGUAACCGCGGGAAUCAGGUUGAAUGUCCUCAGAUGACUUUCGGCAGGCUCCAGGGAAUCUUCCUGAAGAUCAUGCCCAAGAUGCCAGCAGAGGAAGGAAAUAAUUCGAAGGGAAUGUCAGAAGCAUCUGGCUCACAAAACAAUGGAAAACAGUUGUGCCCCUUGGGAAAACCAAGUACCUCUGAGAAGAUUAACGUGACAUCUGGAAAUAGGGAGGCCCAAGAAGAGGAAGAGAGACCCGGGACAGCUCACUGGUGGAGCAGUCAGAACACACACAACAUUGGACCCAAAAGGGGGAAACAUGCCUGGACCCACAGACUGCGUGAGAGAAAGCAGCUGGUGAUUUAUGAAGAGAUCAGCGACGCUGAGGAAGAUGAAGAGUAACUCCCUAAGUGAACCUUGGACUCAUUCCCCACAUCCCUGCAGAUGUGCUAUUCUGUUAUGGUACUGGUAUCCCAUCUUAUCACUUGUCCCCCAAAUCAUUCCCUUCUCAUAAUUUUCUAGGGUACAGCAUUGAGGCUGAAUGAUGAGAUUUCCCAUGCUCUUUCUACUCCCUACCCUUUAUA